UUGCUGUAAAAAUGGAAAUGCUGGAAAUGUCUGAAGAUACUGUUGAUGAUUCAAACUUGAGCGAACGAGGAAUAAAUCCAUCAACCGYGGAAAGGGAUUCAGAUGGUUUGAAAUUUGAUGAUAUUUUGCUGAGACCAUCACCAGUGCAAGAUAAUUGUGAAGUGGAGCUUGAAKACGAAGCCACGAAAACCUCGCUAGUYUAUACAAAGCACAUGAAAAUCGAAGUCAAAGAUGUCUACAAUGAAGUUCGCGCGCUAAAAGAAGUUGAAAGGUUUAUAGAAAGUCCUACAGUCUUGCUAAAUGUUCAUGAGACCCGCCUGGACGAUAUAAUAGAGAAGGCACUGAAGAARCURAUUUCAAACAACGAAGGUUGCGUAGUCGAUGAAGAAGAGGCUAAAAAUGCYUUCUUUACCAAAGAUUCUGUUCAUCACCUAUCUCAUGUGAUCCAAGGYACAGAGAAAGCAGAAGGAAGUGGCUGGGAAGAAGCACAAAACUGGCUUAUAACAAUGGCUGAAUUAUCGUGGCUUAAUCGGAGCUACGUAKCGAUGACCACCCUCUGUCAUGCUACCAAUUUUGGAAGGACACUGCAGGAAGCCCAUCUUGUGGUUCUGAUACUGGCUCCACGUAAAACGAAAAAGACAAAAAGUUCUUUGGAGACUGGACGAACAUUUGCAACUAUUCUCUCUGACAUUGAGACGCGACAGCAGCUGAUAGCUUCKGAAAAUGAGACUGAAUUCUUGAACGUCCUAGCUGAAUGCAAGAAAUCUAUGGCUUCUGGUGAAUAUCAGAGAAAGAUGAAAAACCUUGCUAGUAUCAGAACAUCCUCUUUUCUUCAAACGCCAAACGAGCYAGAGGAGAAAACCCAGUUUUCCUUUGGUCGCGGUAUUACUGAUGAUGUAAGGCGGCGAUGGCCACAUUAUCCUUCUGACUUCACUGAUGGKAUAAGAGGUCACCGUACGCCGCAUAAACUAGCAUCMACAGUAUUUUUCUUGUAUUUCGCAUGUCUUCUACCAUCAAUUGCCUUUGGAGUUUUGAACAGUAAAAACACCCAAGGAAAAAUAGGUGUGAAACAAGUGAUCAUAGCACAGUCCAUAAGUGGUAUCUUGUAUUCUCUUCUUUCCGGUCAGCCAUUAAUUGUCCUUCUUACGACGGCGCCGCUUGCACUUUACGUUAAAGUAAUGUAUGACAUUUGUGAAGACAUGGAUCUCGACUUUCACGCCAUGUACACACUGACCGGUCUAUGGAAUAYGUUUUUCCUCGUCUUGUAUUCAGUGUUCGGUGUAUCGUAUGUGAUGCGAUGGUCUACCAGAUCGAUAAACGAGAUUUUUGCCUUGUUUAUAUCAGUCGCCUUUGCAGUUGCGUCUUUUGAGAGCAUUUAUGAAGAAUACAGUAAACCAACUUGCCGUKUGAUACCGCUGAGCAAUAACGUCACCAACGUGACCAGCAGUUGCCAUGGAGUCAACAAUGAUGAGUGCUUCUGUUCUAGAGAGGGUGGUACCCUAUACAUACUGCUUAGCUGCGGCUGCGUGCUGCUAGGCGUCACACUUUACAGCUGCAAGAAAAGUCCUCUUCUGGAUGCAAAUAAGAGGGAAGCUUUAGCUGACUAUGCCCUCCCAGUCUCAGUCAUCUUGUUCUCCUUUGUUGGGUCAUUUAUCUUCAAGGACGUCACUAUGAACAGCGAAAACUACGACGUAGCUGUGCAGCUCUCAGUCCCUUCUCUGUCAAGUUUGUCCGUUGGUGCUGUCYUGGGAUCAUGUGGACUUGGUUUUAGCUUGUCACUGUUAUUCUUUGUAGAGCAGAAUAUUGGAAGCGCAAUUGUAAACAGCCCUAGCAACAGACUGAAGAAAGGUACAGCAUAUCAUCUCGAUUUACUUCUCAUUGGACUACUAAAUGGUGUCCUCUCCUUAUUUGGACUUCCAUGGGUACAUGCCGCUUUGCCCCACUCACCCCUACACGUAAGGGCAUUGGCUGACGUCGAAGAGAGGGUAGAUCAAGGUCACGUGUUUGAUAUAAUAGUCAAAGUUCGCGAAACCCGCCUGUCAAUUUUGAUCUCUCACGUCCUGAUUGGUUUGUCAAUGUUAAUGAUACCCUCACCGCUUGGUUACAUUCCUAAUGCUGUGUUAGAUGGACUGUUCUUGUUUGUAGCUAUAACACCGUUAUACAACAACCAGAUGUUUGAAAGAUCUAUGUUGCUUGUCACUGAGCAGAGCGCCUACCCGCCCAACCAUUACAUAAGGCGCGUACCACAGCGAAAGAUCCACCAGUAUACCGGAAUACAGCUUCUCCAACUAGCUAUCAUAUGUGGCUUUGGAUUUUUUGGAUCCUCGUACACCAAGAUGUUCUUUCCUGUUCUUUUAAUCCUACUUGUACCAGUCAGGCAUAUCCUUGUGCCAAAGCUUAUUGAUCACAAGUUUUUAGAUGCCAUGGACGCAAACCUUUAAAAACACAAGCUUAUGAUAAUGUGUAUUUUACAUCUUUAAACUGGCAAUAAAUAAAA